GCCUUCCAGGUCCCCAGCUAUGAUGUAGCCCAGGCUCUGCCUCAGUCCAAUGGGAACAGCAGCAAGGCCUCUCCCUCCUCCUCCAAUCUGAGCUCUCCCAUUUCCACUCCUGCAUUCUCACAGCCGCCGGUGUUUCCCCAUGACCCUCCUCCUCCCGCUGCCCAGCCCGUGUCCCCGUCCCCGCGCCCCCAUGCGCUCCACUAUCACACUCACCCCGAGGGUCCCCAGUGCUAACACCAGUGUCAGUGUCCCAGCCCCAUCUGAGCCCAAGUCCCCGUCCUCUCCAGCUGCCUUCCUCUGCUCUGUCCUGCCCUCUCAGUCCACCCCACAGUAUAAGCCUGCACCCAUGUCCAUUCCCCAGCCUCCAUCACCAGCUCGCUCCUCACACUCCCCCAACCCUCCCAGCCCCCUGCCCAAGCCCCGCUUUGAUGCCCCCCUGCACAUGGCUCUCCCUACUGACAGCCUGCCUAUGAGUCGAUCUCCCCACUCCCAAACUCCUACCACCGUUUCCAUGCCACAGCCCUCCUUUCCUCCUCCCUCAUGCGUGUCUCUGCCUCCUAGCUACAGAGGGACCCCAAACAUCCUUCCCAAGCUCAAUGUGAAGAAGGCUCCUGCCCCUCAGUCAGUGUCCCACAACUCGGAUGAGCAGAUCCAGGGCUCCAAGGACGCCCUGAUCCAAGAUCUGGAGAAGAAGCUACGCACCAAAGAAGCCCGCAGGAGAAACAGCCAGAAGUUGUCCUAUGAGGAGCGCAUGGCUCGACGGUUGCUGGGUCCAGAUAACGCUGCCUCUGUCUUUGACUUUGAGAAUUCCUCCGACUCGCAACUCGACCAGCCAGAAUCACCAGAGGGACGUAACACUGGAGGAAUAUGGGGAAAACACCAUUCUGGUACUGAUGGCAACGAGGGCUCGGCCAUCCAGGAGAAGUGCUAUGCUCCACGUUUCAUCCAGGUCCCCAAGGACCUUACAGUGGAGGAGGGCAGGUUCUGCAGGAUCGACUUCAAGGUGGGAGGUCUGCCCACCCCAGAUGUGGCCUGGUAUCUCGACGGGAAGGCCAUCCGCCCCGACGACUACCACAAGAUGCUGGUGUGUGAGAAGGGCAUGCACUCCUUCAUCAUUGAGAUUGUGACUGUGCAUCAUGCCGGUGUCUACGAGUGUAUUGCCAGAAACCGCGCUGGGGAGAACCGCUUCUACAUAAAACUGGAGGUUAUCGCCCAGGAGAUGCUUCGCCCGCCCACCUUUGUCCAGAAGAUGCUGAACUCUCGUGCCCUGGAGGGGGACACGGUGAGGUUAGAGUGUAAGGUGGCUGCCUCCCCUCCACCAAAACUCUUCUGGAAGAAGGACAAAGACAUGCUGCGCAUUGACCCCACCAGGAUGAGCCUGUACCAGGAUGGCACUGGAAGUCAGUGCCUGCUCAUUGAGAGGCUGGUCAAAUCUGAUGCAGGCUGGUACACCCUGUCUGCCAUCAACGAGGCCGGCAUGUCCACCUGCAAUGCCAGACUGGACGUAGGAACUCGCACCAACAAGCCUGCCCCCCCUACAGGCAAGCAUUUUAAAAUCCCCCUCAGCCGUCUCCCCGUCCUGACUCCAGACCCCACCCCCCAGCACACGGCCCCCCUGUACGAGAGCGAGGAGCUCUAGACAAAAGUACACCAGGAGUGUAAUAAUUGUGGAUGUGUGUUGUGCUCCUUAUCAUACCUGCCUGUUUCCUACCACUGAGGCUGUCUUGUUGUUUGUGUCUUGGGGAGGAAACCAAUUGAUGUUUUGAGGAAGCGGGUAGAUGGACUCACAUUUUGCCCACACUGCCUCCAGGACACCUCAAAAGACCCCGCAUUUGUCAAAUGCACUUUAGUUUGAGCCCUUCUGGUUUUGUGUCAAGGGCAUGCUGGUCAGAUGCGGGUUUCCCAACCGCACAUCCUCUUAGUGUGGUGCAGCCUUCCUGGCCGGUGCACUUGACUUGGCACAGACCUUUGUCAAAUGCUGUUCUGUGGUUUGCUGUUGUAGUGGAUAGAGGAUUAAUCAUGUAUCGUCUCCAGACAUGUAGCUAUCUUUCGAAGUUCCUUCACAAAGCAUCGUAUUUAUGACGGCUGCUUCAAGUGAGAAUGUGUGCAGGUGAUAUUUCUGUUUUUUAAAGGUCAAAUGGUUUUAUUAUAUAAGCUAUUUAUUGGACAAUUGCUUCUAAAUAUAAAUGGUUGCCGUAACACCCAAAUUUACCACAACCUCAAGGUCUGAUCCUGACCAUAGAAAAACAUUUUGAAUAAGUUAUGUACUGUGUAUGAUGUGAAAUUGAAUAUGUGUAAUAAAGUUUAUGACCUUAUUAUAGGUGGUUAUUUCA